CCCCGGCAGGCGGUGAGCGCUCGGCGGGGCCGGGGCGCGGGGCCGCAGGCAAGUUCCACCAGCCAGCCCCGCCGUGGCCAUGGACGGCCUGCGCCAGCGGUUCGAGAACCUUCUGGAACAGAAAAACCUCGCCACCGAGGCGCUCGGGGCGCUCGAAGCCAGGACGGGAGUCGACCGGCGCUAUCUGGCCAUAGGAGCCGUCACUUUCCUCGGCCUGUAUCUUCUGUUCGGCUACGGGGCACCUCUGCUCUGCAAUGUGAUCGGCUUUGCGUACCCCGCGUAUGCCUCCGUCAGGGCCAUCGAGAGCCCCAGCAAGGACGACGACACCGUGUGGCUCACCUACUGGGUGGUGUACGGCCUCUUCGGGCUCGCGGAGUUCUUCAGCGAUCUGCUCCUGUCCUGGUUCCCUUUCUACUACGUGGGAAAGUGCGCCUUCCUGUUGUUCUGCAUGAGUCCCGGGCCGUGGAACGGGGCUCUGCUGCUGUACCGGCGCGCGGUGCGGCCCCUCUUCCUCCGGCACCAGGCGGCGGUGGACCGCGCUCUGAGCGCGCUCAGCGGCCGGGCCCUGGACGCCGCGGCGGGGCUCGCCCGGGACGCCCUGCAGGCCCUGACCCGCAGCCGGGCCCGGGCCCUCGUCGCCCCGGGGGGGACGGCAGCGGGGCCCCCGGUGCCCGCGGAGCCACCCCAGCCGCCGGGCAGCAGGACAGGAAGCCCCACGGGCAGCGCCACACAGCUGCAGAAGGAGCAGUGAGAGCUGGCCUGGGCCCGGACAGGGACUCUGCUGCGGCGGCCGGCGAGCGGGAGGACCCGGCCGGGGAGCUGCCGAAGCCUCUCAACCAGGCCGGGAACCGCGGGGAGGUGCGGCCCAACACCCCCGACAGCAGCAGGAUCAAA